AUGGCGACCGUCCUUCCCUCAAACACUGCUACUCCCGUGGGAGGCACUUCAAAGUACUUUGACACCGAUGCACUUGUCGACGGCUCAGCACCCAAAGUCGCUAACAGUGCUGGCUUCUUUAAUGCUGCUGUUGCAGCCAACCAUAAUCAAGGUGCUGAAGAGCUUGCGCUAUUGAAAUACGUAUACAGCCGCCCGGAUCUAGAACAAAUACGCGGCAACCCAGAUGCAGUCUGCAACGCCAUCGACGACUUCGCUGCCACGAUCCCACGAGGGUUAAUGACCAUUGGAGCAGAGAAACGCGAGUUCAUAACGAACCUACUUACUGCUGCCGAGCCUGCACCAACCCUGUUUCUUGAAUUCGGUUCCUAUGUUGGCUACUCUGCCAUCUGCCUUGCAAGCGCCAUGGUGGCCAGGGCUGGCGCUGGACAGCGCGUUCGCUAUGUGUCAUUCGAAAAGAACCCCAUAAUUGCAGCUGUUGCUGCCAGUCUCGCCGAUUUAGCAGGUUUACGAGACGUUGUCACCAUACAUGUUGGCUCGGCUUCGGAGUCGCUGGCACGACUCGUCAAGGAGGGAACAGUGCCGAAAAGCAGUGUUGACUUCAUGCUUCUAGAUCAUUGGAAAGAUUUUUACAUCUCCGAUCUGCAGCUGUGCGAAAAGCUUUCCCUACUCAAAUCUGGCACUGUUGUGUUAGCAGACAACAUCGUCUUCCCUGGCGCUCCAGAGUAUCUAGCGUAUGUCCAGGCGGGUAAGGCGGAAGCCUCACUAGAUGGAUUUAGCUAUGCGACGAAAACGGCAGAUUUCAUUCUUCCUUUUGGCGGCCCGGCCUCAUACAGAAUCCACAGACUUUUCUGUUAUCUGGCGAUAUUGCGAUAA